CGCGGCGCGGCGGAAGAUGGCGGAAGGCGGUGCUGAGCCCGGCGAGCGGGAGAGGAGGUCUUCCGGGCCGCGGCCCCCGAGCGCGCGGGAUUUGCGGCUGGCCUUGGCAGAAUUAUAUGAAGACGAAGUGAAGGGCAAAUGCUCCAAGGCUGAUAGACCUAAAGCCGCGGCCUUUAAGAGCCCACGCACACCACCUCAACGGUUUUAUUCAAGUGAACGUGAAUACAGUGGAUUGCAUAUAGUUCGACCUUCAACUGGGAAAAUUGUGAAUGAACUUUUUAAAGAGGCGAGGGAACAUGGGGCCGUCCCUCUGAAUGAAGCCACAAGAACUUCAGGUGAUGACAAGUCUAAGUCAUUUACAGGCGGAGGAUACAGAUUGGGUAAUUCCUUUUGUAAGCGGUCCGAAUAUAUCUAUGGAGAAAAUCAGCUGCAAGAUGUUCAGAUUUUACUUAAACUGUGGAGCAAUGGCUUCAGUUUAGAUGAUGGAGAAUUGAGACCUUACAGUGACCCGACAAAUGCUCAAUUUCUGGAGUCCGUUAAGAGAGGAGAGAUUCCCCUGGAGCUUCAGCGACUGGUCCAUGGAUGCCAGGUGAAUUUGGAUAUGGAGGAUCAUCAGGAUCAAGAAUAUGUAAAACCUAGACUGAGGUUCAAGGCCUUUAGUGGAGAAGGGCAAAAACUUGGAAGCCUCACACCUGAAAUAGUCAGUACACCUUCCUCCCCAGAAGAGGAGGAUAAGUCGAUACUUAAUGCAGUUGUUCUAAUUGAUGACUCAGUGCCAACAACAAAAAUUCAGAUCAGGCUAGCAGAUGGGAGUCGUUUGAUACAGAGAUUCAACAGUACACACAGGAUCCUAGAUGUCCGGGACUUUAUUAUACAGUCUCGUCCUGAAUUUGCCACUCUUAACUUUAUUCUUACAACUUCGUUUCCAAAUAAAGAGCUAACCGACGAAAGCCUGACACUGCAAGAAGCAGAUGUCCUUAACACUGUGAUACUCCAGCAGCUGAAGUGACAGCACUCCUACCAUGCAGCAGCGUGGCGGAAUAGAUCAUGUGCCAUACUCGUAAGGAAACUACUCCCAGCAUAAAAACAGCCGAACUACUUUUAUUAUUUUUAUGGAUAAAUUUUGGUUUUAUUGUUAUCCUAUCUUCUAGCAUUAUAUAGAUGAAUUAGGACUACGGCUAGAUGUUGAGAUAAGUAUGUCUGAGUUUUUAGUUGCAGGACUGGUGUAUGUUGAUAGCUUUUAUAUAAGUAGGCAAAUCAGUUUGUUACAUGCUCAGUGUUAAUGCAAUAGCGUUUGCAGAGAAAAUGAACAAAAACCCUUUUUGAUGAGUACAUUUAGUAAAAUUUGCACUUUGCACUAAAGUAACUUAAUGUAGCAUUGACCAACAGCCAUUAAGAAAUCUUUUGACCAAAUGAGUUGAACAUUUUUCUAUCGUGUGUUACUUUACAGAAUAUAUAUUGAGUGUAUAUUUCUGGAAAGUAGUACAUACUGAAAAGGAUCUGUUCUAAUUUUGAAAUUGUUUGAUCAUACAGUAGUUAUUUCUAUAAAGAUUUACGUAUGGAUUUUACUUACUGAUUUAACUAUAUUAUGAAUAUACAAAAAUACAAUUUAACUUUGUAUUUUCUAUAAUUAUGACCAUCAUAAACAAGAACAAAAAGACAUAAAGGUCAGAAUUUUUGAAGAUAUAUAGUAAAAAGCACUUUAGAAUCAAGUAAUCACAAUCCCUUCGAGAGCCUUGAUCACAUUUAUUUAUUCAACACAUUUUUCUAGAGACUCUACUGUAUAUAUCAAACACUGUUCUAAGUGCGCAGCCCAGAGUGUGUUCCACUCCAGGACAGAACUAGCAUAGAAAUACGAGAACGUAAAUUCUGUCAGACCGAAUCUAAAGAAUACCAGCACAAGUGUUUCCAUUUCUACUGACACCAAGUAUUUCCUGAAUGAUGUAGGCUAAAUAAGAAAUGAUCAGAAAGCUUUUCCUUCUUCCCAGGCAUCAUUCCAUUUUUGGUCACUAGUUCUGGUUAGCUUUCAUUGCUGCCAUAACAAAUUACAAAAUUUUUGGCUUAAAAUAAUGCAAAUUUAUUGACUUUCCCAGCUUCAAGAAGCUACCUGUAGUCUAGUCUUUGGCUUGUAGCUCCUUCUUUCGUGUUAAAAGGCAGCACCGUUUUUUGUCUCUGCCCCUUCUUUUGUAAUCACAGCUCUCUGCCAUCAUCCUGGAGAGGCUCUCUGCUCUAAUGGAUUCUUGUGAUUAGAUUGGGCUUGCUAGAUAAUACAGGAUUUUCUCCCAUCUCAAGGUCCAUAGUAAUCUUAAUCACAUCCGUAGAGUCCCUUUUGCCAUUUAUGGUUACAUAUUCACAGGUUUGUGGAUGAGAUGGACACUGAGGAGCAGGUCAUUACUCUGCUUGUUUAAUACAGACCCCUGACCCGAAUAAACUCACCCCAUCCAACGGUGCUCAAAAGUCUCAACCCAUACAGCAGCAGCUCAUAGUCCAAAACCUACUUGAAUCUCACCAGCUCAGAAGUCUUGAAUCUCAUCCAUUAAAUCAUCUAAGUAUGAGAGAGGAUGUAUGUUUUCUGGGGCCUAAUUCCUCUCCACCUGUGAACUCAGAAAACAAGUUGUCUGCUUCCAAAUUUGACAGGAUAAGGGUAGAAUAACAGUUAUAGACAUUCCUGUUCAAAAAGCAGAAAACGGAACCAACAGUGCCAAACCACGUACAAGUCCUGCCAGUAAGUUACAGGCCGGGGAUUAAUCGUCCAUGGCUCACAUCUCAGUCCUCAAGGCUUCUGACUGUCUCAGUCAUUUUUCCUUUUUCACAAAGGUAGCACAUUUUUGCAGCUGAGUAGUUUUAUCAGCUUAUAUUUUAUUUCAUACACUAUUCCUUUUCGGUUUAAGAAGACAGUGUUUUCAGCUGCUGUAACACUGCUGAGAAACGUACGGUUUUGUUUCUGUGGGAUGAUUGGAAAAGUAAUGUGGGUUUUUUCUGUUUUUAUGCAAAAACGUGUCAUGAGUUUUCUGACAACCCAGUAUAUCAUAGGGAUUAUCUCCAUUAGACAAGAGAUUCCUCUAUGUGUCUUUCCUAGAUAAUCUCAACUCCUGGACUUUUUCUGAGAGAGCUGAGAGGAUCCUGAGUUGUACCUUCAGUCUGUUCAGAUAGUCUCCUGUGUGAUUCUCCUCAGAAGUGUGGGGCUUUCUGGGGUGUUAGCAGAAGUUGUACACCCAUACCUUCUUCUCUUUCUCUAAAGCAGGUGUUCCUAACCGUAAACCUUAACUUCAGUGUAUUUUACUGUUUGGGUAGGCAGAGAAUUUGCCAAAUCAAGUCCUAGCUUCUUUAUAUUUUGCAGUUCUUCCCUCAGUUUAUUUCCUUUGACAUUUUACUGUAAUAUAAACAGCAAAAAGAAAGCAGGCCAUACCUUUCACAGUUUCCUUGAAAAUCUCAACUAAGUACCUAAGUGUCUCACUUCCCAAGCCUGCUUUCCACAUCGGUAUAGGACGUGAUUUGGCUAAACCUUUGCCACUCUGUAACAAUGAUUUCUCCUAGUUUUCUAAUAAUGUACUUUUCGUCUCCUUCUGAGCCUUCAGUGGCAGCACCUUUAAUGCCAUUUUUCCCUAUGAACUGUUUACAGUCAUUUAGAUAUUCUCUGUAGGGUUUUAGGUGUUCUUGUCCGUGUUCCUUCUGUCAAGCCCACACUCAUAUUAACACCCACAUUUCUACCAGCCGUCUGUGUAAGGCAGUCUAGGCACUUUCUGCCAUGCUCUUUAAAAUGCUGCAGCCUCUACCAGCUGCCCCUUUCCAACGGGCCUUGUUCGUUUCCAGGUGUUACAGUAGCACCGCACUUCAGGUAUCUAGGAAAGUAUUCUUAUGCCUGCUCACUGCCAAUUGACUUGAAUGUGUUUCCAGGACAUUCAGAGUUCUCCUUUUUCCAGGAUCACUGGUUAUUUCAAAAAGAUGAAUCCCUGUGUUGGGAGCUCAAAUACUAAGAGUACUACCAGAGCAACCAGGAUGACCAGGAUAAGAGUACUGCUCCAGAGAAAAAGUUAUCUCAGUGUCAUAAUGUAGGAAGAUUUUUCCUAAGGCUUCUCCUGCUAGGAAGCCCUAGUCCUUUCCACUUCCAGAAAACAAGUUGGAUGAUACCUACAUAACAGUGUUCAUUCAAAAAGAUUGCUAGGGAUGAACUACCUUUUCUAGGAACAAAAUCAUCUUUCUAAGGAAAUGAUUUCUUGAAGGAGUUGAACAUUUUAAAUAAAAGGGCAUUGUUCAGUUUUGGAUUAACAAAACAAAAUGAACCAAACCUUAUGAAAUCAUUAGAAAAUUUCUUGUAGUUUCUUUUUAUUGUUAAGUGGAGUAACUAUAGAUGUACAUACAAAAAUGACUGCCAUUUCUGUAUAUAAAUAGUCUUCCAAAAUGUAGAGAUUUGCAUUAGGAGAAAGAAACAUCGAAAUAGAUGAACAGUACUUGUAUAUGUGCUACAUAAUGUUUUGCUUAAUUGAGAGUCAUUUUCCCGAUUAUUUUUACUGUGCAGUUACUGUAACUUUUAAAAUUUAUAAUCAUCUCAGAAAAGAUCAUGUGUGAGUCAGUGAUUUUGCAUGGUUUAUGUAAUCAAAAAGUUCAAAGUGUCUGUUUAUCAAUAAAGAUGGUCUUUGUUUGAAACUCCUUGAAAAUAA